UGUACUAUGAACUUCGGUUUAGAGUUCAUAGUACCACACUACAAAGGAGGGAGAUACAGUUUAACCAUUUGCUGACUUUAUUUACGAAGCUAUUUUCAGAAAAGCAGCUAGUUGUUAAGACUUGCUGUUCACAAAAGCCUUGUAAGAAUUGAGGAAAACAUUUUUUAUUUAUUGGACAGUUGUAUGUCUGUUCGGUACUCUGUAUUUUCAGUAAUUUUCUGUUUUCAUCAAGUGUCCUACUACCCCAUACUUCUCCACAGAUGUUCUACCGAUGCUAACUGACAUUUUGUGAAAUCACAACAACUAGCUCUUCUAACCAGGUGACCUUGGUGGAACUGACAUAACUGACUAAUGACAUUGUGACAGAGAUCAUAUAUCCAGCAGAGAGGGGGUCCGCUGUGCCGAGAUGGCCAUGGUUUGUCUCACAGACUUUGAGGAGUACGCCAAGGAGCACCUCUCCAAGGCCACCUGGGACUACUACGCGGCAGGAGCAGACGAGUGCUGCACGAGGGAUGACAACCUGUUGGCCUACAAACGGAUCCGACUGCGACCGCGGAUUCUCCGCGACGUUUCGGUGAGUGACACCAGGACCACGGUGCAGGGGACGGAGAUCAGCUUCCCCGUCGGCAUUGCCCCCACCGCCUUCCACUGCAUGGCCUGGCACGAGGGAGAGAUGGCCACCGCCAGGGCCGCCGAGGCAGUAAACACCUGCUACAUCACCAGUACGUACUCCACCUGCUCCGUGGAGGAGAUUGUGGCGGCGGCCCCUAAUGGCUACCGCUGGUUCCAGCUUUAUGUGUACCGGGACAGGAAGCUGUCUGAGUCCAUUGUUCACCGUGUGGAGGCCCUGGGCUACAAGGCCUUAGUCCUCACCGUCGAUGUGCCCUACACUGGGAAGCGCCGUGACGACAUACGCAACCAGUUCAAGCUGCCUCCGCACCUCAAGGUCAAGAACUUUGACGGGGUCAUCCAGGAGGCGGCGGGUCCGGAGGAGUACGGGAUCCCCGCCAACACGCUGGACCCCUCCAUCAGCUGGAAGGACGUGUACUGGCUGCAGUCUCUCACCCGCUUGCCCAUCGUCAUCAAAGGCAUCCUGACGAAGGAGGACGCCGAGCUGGCCGUGGAGCACGGCGUCCAGGGCAUCAUCGUGUCCAAUCACGGAGGGCGCCAGCUGGACGGAGGGCCUGCCACGAUCGAUGCGCUGUCAGAGAUCGUGGACACGGUCCAGGGGCGGAUUGAGGUGUACCUGGAUGGGGGGAUCCGCACCGGCAGUGACGUGCUGAAGGCCGUGGCGCUGGGGGCCAAGUGCGUGUUCAUUGGCCGGCCGGCCGUGUGGGGCCUGGCCUACAAGGGUGAGGACGGGGUGCGAGAGGUGCUGCAGAUCCUGAACGACGAGUUCCGUCUGUCGAUGGCUCUGUCUGGUGAGUGGGAGGCCUCGGAUGCAGGAAUGUGGCUGAGAUCAACAGAAACCUCAUCCAGUUUGCCAAACUGUAACACGGGGGGGUGCAGGAACAAGCUAGAUGACUACAGUGACAGCAGAAAAAGCAAGAUAUCCACUCAGUUGGCGUAACUUCCCAUUCCCACGUCCAACUGGAGUUAUGGACAAAAGUACGACACCUCUUGAAUCGUGGAGAACCAAAACUGAAUGAGAUGUCAAUCUAAUAAAUCCUACAUUUUAAUAGUUUCA